AUGGCGUCCCCUCAUCUGCUAGUUCAAGCUAAAGAUAUUCCUCCUGCUGUUAUUGGACUUCAAGUUGAUCGGACGACCGUCUACUCCCAAGACUCGCGUUUCUGGAUCCAGUUCGAUGUCGAUCCUGAUAGCGAGGAGUUCCUCGUCCUCCGCGCUGCCGUGUGCCCUCUCCGUAGGGAGUUGGUGUAUGGCGUGUCAAAGCUCGUGUAA